UGUGCCAUCGUCAUCAGUCCUAGAGCAGCCACCAAAUUCAAGACCCACACACAGUGAUUUUGCUCAGAGAGACAGCGGCUGCUGCAAUGGCAUUCGCCUCUCCCAUAUCACCAUCUUUACAUAGUCUUUCUUCUAAUCCAUUUUCAAAGCAUAACAAGAUUCUAACACUCAACAAGAUCCAACCCUUUUCACUCUCUCACCGCCAUGCCCUUUUUAGAAUAGAUUGGGGGUCACUCUGGCAGGGACAGGCUUCAUUAAACUAUAGCCUAUAUUCUUCCAUUACAAGUGCAGAUUUUUUGUUGGACGAUGCUCUAGAAAAAAUACAACUUCCAAAGGGUGACACCUGGUCUAUUCAUAAAUUCGGUGGUACCUGUAUGGGAGCUUCUGAAAGAAUACGAAAUGUUGCAGACAUUAUUGCCAAGGAUGAGUCAGAGAGAAAGUUAGUUGUUGUGUCUGCCAUGUCGAAGGUGACAGACAUGAUGUAUGGUCUCAUAGAGAGGGCACAGUCACGAGACAACUCUUAUGCAACUGCAUUGGAUGCUGUCAUGGAAAAGCACAAGUUCACAGCACUUGAUUUACUUGAAGGGGAUGAUCUUGCUAAUUUCUUAUCUCUGUUGAAUCAGGACAUUAGUAACCUUAAAGCAAUGCUUCGUGCAAUCUAUAUCGCUGGUCAUGCUACAGAAUCGUUUUCAGAUUUUGUUGUGGGACAUGGCGAGUUAUGGUCUGCCCAACUGUUGUCUGCUGUUGUCAGAAAGAAUGGAUUGGACUGUACUUGUAUGGACACCAGAGAGGUCCUUGUUGUAAAUCCGACAAGCUCUAAUCAGGUGGAUCCAGAUUAUUUGGAGUCUGGCAGAAGGCUUGAGAAAUGGUAUUCUCACAAUCCAUUUAACACUAUCGUUGCAACUGGGUUUAUCGCUAGCACUCCUCAGAAUAUACCUACAACCUUAAAGAGAGAUGGUAGUGACUUCUCAGCUGCAAUUAUGGGUGCUUUAUUCAGAGCACGUCAAGUCACUAUUUGGACCGACGUCGAUGGUGUAUAUAGUGCAGACCCUAGAAAAGUUAGCGAUGCUGUGAUACUGAGGGAAUUGUCUUAUCAAGAGGCAUGGGAAAUGUCAUACUUCGGGGCAAAUGUAUUACAUCCUCGAACUAUUAUUCCUGUUAUGGUAUAUGAUAUACCAAUUGUCAUAAGAAAUAUUUUCAACCUCUCAGCAUGUGGGACAAUGAUCUGCCGUCCUGCUGGCAGUGAAAAUGAAAAUGGUCAGAGAAUGGAAUCUCCAGUUAAAGGAUUUGCAACAAUCGACAAUUUGGCCCUUGUAAAUGUUGAAGGAACUGGAAUGGCAGGGGUUCCCGGAACCGCCAGUGACAUUUUUGGUGCUGUGAGAGAUUCUGGAGCUAAUGUAGUCAUGAUAUCUCAGGCUAGUAGUGAACAUUCUGUGUGUUUUGCUGUGCCUGAAAAGGAAGUAAAUGCCGUUGCUGCAGCAUUAGAGUCUAGGUUUCGUCAAGCCUUGGAUGCUGGACGUCUUUCUCAGAUUGCUGUUAUUCCAAACUGUAGUAUUUUGGCAGCAGUUGGCCAGAAAAUGGCAAGUACACCUGGAGUCAGUGCUACGCUUUUUAAUGCACUUGCUAAGGCUAAUAUCAAUGUGCGGGCUAUAGCUCAAGGCUGCUCUGAGUAUAAUAUUACUGUAGUCAUCAAGCGAGAAGAUUGUACAAGGGCUUUGCAGGCUGUCCACUCAAGAUUUUAUCUAUCUAGAACAACAAUUGCAAUGGGUGUUAUUGGACCUGGGUUGAUUGGUGGCACAUUGCUUGAUCAGCUUAGAGACCAGGCAGCAGUCCUCAAGGGAAAGUUUAACAUUGAUCUGCGUGUGAUGGGUAUCACUGGAUCAAGGACAAUGCUCUUGAGUGAUGCGGGUAUUGAUUUAUCGAUAUGGAGAGAUCUUCUGAGGGACAAAGGAGAAAAGGCUGAUAUGCAUAAAUUUGUUCAACGUGUGCAUGGGAAUCAUUCCAUCCCAAAUACUGUCCUGGUAGAUUGUACAGCUGACUCGUAUGUUGCCAGCCAUUACCAUGAUUGGUUGCGUCGAGGCUUACAUGUAAUCACCCCAAAUAAGAAAGCCAAUUCAGGACCACUUGAGCAGGUAACUAUCCAUUCACAUAAUUUGGCUUGUUGUAGUAGUAAAAAUGGUUGAUUGUUGGUAAGCUUG